CCUUAUAGAUUUAAAAAGAGAGGCUGCAUUCUCAGACUGACACUUAUUCAACACUGCCACCCUAAGCAGAUUACUUUUGCGCUGCCUGUGUGUCAAAUACGUGGUUGUCUUUGCCUCCCCAUCAUGUUUAGGAUGCUGAAACACCAACUCCACCCAGGCAUUUUUCUCUUCUUCAUAUGGCUUUGUCACCUCAUGGAACAUCAAAAAGUUCAAGCUGGGAACUGCUGGCUGCAGCAGGGGAAGAACGGGAGGUGCCAGGUGCUCUACAUGCCCGGUAUGAGCAGGGAUGAGUGCUGUCGAAGUGGAAGACUGGGGACGUCCUGGACCGAAGAGGACGUCCCUAACAGCACACUCUUCAGGUGGAUGAUCUUCAAUGGCGGAGCCCCCAAUUGCAUACCUUGCAAAGGUGGAGAAACCUGCGAUAAUGUUGACUGUGGGCCCGGGAAGAGGUGCAAGAUGAACAGACGGAGUAAACCUCGCUGCGUGUGCGCUCCAGACUGCUCCAACAUCACCUGGAAGGGACCGGUCUGCGGCUCAGAUGGCAAGACGUACAAAGACGAAUGCGCACUGCUGAAGGCUAAAUGUAAAGGUCAACCCGACCUAGACGUGCAGUACCAGGGGAAGUGCAAGAAAACGUGCCGUGACGUCUUGUGCCCCGGCAGCUCCACAUGCGUCGUGGACCAGACAAAUAAUGCAUACUGUGUGACGUGUAAUCGGAUUUGCCCCGAGGUGACGUCGCCCGAGCAGUACCUGUGUGGAAACGACGGUAUCAUCUACGCGAGCGCGUGUCACCUGAGAAGAGCGACCUGUCUCCUCGGCAGAUCUAUCGGAGUGGCUUAUGAGGGGAAAUGCAUCAAAGCUAAGUCGUGUGAGGACAUCCAGUGCAGCGCGGGGAAAAAGUGUUUGUGGGACGCUCGGAUGAGCCGAGGCCGCUGCUCGCUGUGCGACGAGACCUGUCCGGAGAGCAAGACAGAGGAGGCGGUGUGCGCCAGUGACAACACCACAUAUCCCAGUGAAUGUGCCAUGAAGCAGGCCGCUUGCUCUCUGGGUGUGCUGCUGGAAGUCAAGCACUCUGGAUCUUGCAACUGUAAGUAAAUAGCGAAAGCAAAAUAUGAAAAGAAAAAAAAGAAAAAGUCAAUCAAAACAACCCCUACGAGCAAAAGACAAUACUACAUUUUGCUUUCCCAACAAAAACCUCCCCCUGAAAGUGCCCCCCCCUCCCCCCUCCGCCAUCCACACCGACCCAUAACUUUCCCCCAAGCUCCCACAACAGCUACAUCACCAAGCACAGCUCAAGCAAAGCAGAAAGGACUUGGGGAUGGACGAACUUGCAUGACAUUGUCUUUGUUGCUGGCUUCUGGUCUUGUGUUCUUGUUAGACUUUUUAUUUCACUUUAUUUCACAAAUCUUCUGCAAAACAAAAUCACAGGCAGGUGAAUAGAAAAAAAAACCAUAUGAAUAGAAAAGACACAAGUCUAUCUGAGCAGACUCCACACUCCAGGAGUCUGGGGGAAAAACUUCAUUCAACUAACUUGAAUAGUUUAGAAAGGCUAGUUUUGUUUGCAGUGGAACAAUCCUGAUAUUUAAACGAGUUAAGAUUAUGGCCGUGCUAGUGAACUGCAGGAGCAGGUUGCCUUAAAUCCCAUACAGUCUUUUUUUUUUUCCUUUCUUUUUUUUAAAGAUGAAAAAUGUUUUAUUUUUAUGAUAGUGGUCAAAUCUUUGCAGCUUGUAAAUUCCAUGGUCACGUUGCUAAAUGUCAUAGUAAUGGGUGUAUUUGUGUGAUUUAAUGUUCUUCUUUUGGCUUUAAUCAAUCAUUUCAAAAAUGCACUGCCCCUUGUGAUAUACACACACCUUCGACAUGUCCAUAAGAACAGAACACCUUUGAAUUAUACCAACAUGUUGUACAUAAGGUGAUUGUAACAUUGGUGCCAUGUUAUUGAUGAUGGAUUUUAACAUUCUUCUUCAUGUAGACUACCUAUCUGCAGACCAGAGUGAGUCCUUCAUGCACUCACAAAUCUGGGGGGGUAAACUGUCAUAUUGAACAAUAGCCUGAAGGAAGUGUCAAAUUUACAUUCCAAGUUGCUAUGAAGAAGAAUGUCUUCCUGUUAGUUUCUCUUUUCCUGACUAAGUACCUUAUUAUGAUGUGCCUAAGUUAUGCAAGGGAAUCCAAGGGACCAACUUUAUGAUCACCUUAUGAGCUCAAUAUAAAUGUGAUACUUCACCGUGUGCAAGAUAAGCGUAGAAAGCUUGUAGAACCAUGCUCUCUUUGUGAGGAGAAACGUUAACAUUUUAUCAACUAACUGUUGUUGUCUGUGCCGUUUCCAGUGAACGUGUUGUCUACCAGAAUAUUAUGUAUCAGAAAUUACAAAUCCAUUUUGGAUUGAUGAGGGCCUGCCUGUUUCUUUCUUUCUUUCUUUCUGCUCUUUUUUGUAUUGUCACUCUUGCUUGUGUGCUUUUUAAAAAAAAAACAAAAAAACAAACAAAACAAAAACAUAUCCAAUGUAAAUCUCUUCUGUAAAAAGAAAGAAAAAAUACCUCAGAAUUGUCGAUGAUCUCCAACCUGCUUGUCAAGUCCAGGCUGUGACACAGAGUCCUUCCCUCCCUGCAAACGCUCUCACGCCAUUUGAGCCUGAUGCUGAAAUCAUAAUCUGGAGCAAAGAAAUGAGCUAAUCCAAGUACACAAGAGCACUUUUCUGUGUUAUGUGUGUCUGCUUUCAGGAAAAGAAAACCGAGCCACUGGAAACCCAGUGCCCCCCAUACUCGCCAGGCACCCUUGCCCCCACCCUCAGCCACCCCUUCAUUUCCAUCAUCCCACUUUUCUCUCUUGUUACAGCCCUGACUUGCUAGAUUGUGUAAAUGGUAGCCGCAUAAUUGGGGAUGCCACAGUAAUUACUGAUGCCAAGGCACACAGACACACACAGGCUGUGUGCCUGUGGCUUUGCUGUGAGAUUUUGAUGAUAGAACAUUCUGUGAUAUGCUGCGUUGUUGUGGUCCACAUUCAUACAACAGCUACCAUAUAUUCUCCCAUAUAGCCAUUACAGAAGACGAGGUGGAGGAUGAGGAAGAUGAGGACUCAGACUACAUGGCCAAUGUCCAUUUAUCUUCUAUACUGGAUUGAUAGGCUCCCAUCACUAGGGGAACAGUCCUAGGGCGAGGAAUCAUGUCCAUACUGUACAUUAUGUGUAUGCUUAUUUAUUUUUAAAGAAAAAGGAAGUAUACAUAUAGUUCAGUCAGAUGUUUAUUUAUAUUUUUUUUGUGUUGUAUAAUUUAUACAUUUACAGUGUCGGGCUUACUAUCUACCAAGAUACAUUGUGUUACCACUCAUUCCCCCCUUUUUUGUUGUUGUCCCUUUUACUUUUUUAUCAUGAAGAAAUAUAUUUGUCCAAAGAAAAGCAGUGUUAUUUAUUUGUCAUGUUACUGUGUAAGUAUAAGUCCUCUACAAGCUGUACAUUGCAUUCCCUGAGCUGUAAAAUUCUGCUUGUUUCUGUCAAAUCUCUAUCACAGAUGUUUAUGUCACACAUACGUAAAUGCAUGUUUAGGCUGUGUGUUUAUUUAUUGGGAAUAUAUCAAUCAUUUUAUGUACAUAAAGUGUUUCUGGUUUGUUUACAACUCAUAAUAACUGACCAAAGGGAUUCUCUCAAUGGUUUUGCAAAACAGUGGUGAUGAAAUGGAAGAGAAAAAAAAGGAGCCAUUUGUUUUUCUUUUCUUAUUUUUAUUUAUUUUUUCAUUUCAUUUCAUUUUAUUUUAUUGUUAUUCCCCAGUUUAAGCCCUUUAGAUUGUUUUCAAAUGGAGAUGAUAAUCAUAGACAUUAUUCAGUAGACUUUGUUAUGUCUCUCCACAUUAGACAAGAGGUAAGUUUUGAAACAUACUUGAUUAUUUUGCAAAUAAUGUGCCAUUAACGUUUGUGUGCUGUUUUCUUGCCAAUGUGCUCCAUAUUGCUCUCGCAGAGCUAAAAACGACUGCGGUACUCAACACUAUUUCAGACUUCAUCACUGUGUUUAUUUUUGUUAUGUUUUGUUUUUUCUCAGAAAGCAUUUUAUGUCAAACAUCACAAGAUAAAUACAAAAUUCUGUUAUGAAUAUAUAGUUUUGUAUUUUUUAUGUAAAUGUCACAUGUACAUACAAAGUUUGAUGGUAUUUGUACAGAUAUGAAGAGUGAAACAAUAAAAGUUUUUUCCUUA